CUAUACUCUAUACAAUAAAAUUGGAUUGAUUGCUUAGACGUACACGUGCCUAUUACAUACGCUAUUUGAAGCCCAGUUCAUACGCAAAAGUUUUAGACAGCCAAAGACCCAGGAACACGACAGCCCGUGAGCUUUCAGAUGUUCAGUUAGCCAACGUUAGCAACUGACAGAGACCAGAGUAGAAGCCUCCAAAACCCAAUUUCACACAACCAUCAAAAUCUUCUUCAAUCUUAAAUCUCUGCUAUGCUCACAUCACGACAUUCAAAAUCCCAUCGAAUCUCUAUGCUAUAUUUCACCCAUGUGUAGAUCAAAACGUAGCACAGACAUAGUCUCACAGAUGCCACGCAACUCGCGCUCUUCAAAAUCCUCAUUCAAGUCCAAAUCAUCUUCGAUAACCGACCCUUCUUUAAGCAACUUUACCAGCAACGAUUACACGCCCAAUUCCCAUUACAAUUUCUCCUCAAAAUCGUCCGGUAAUAGCGCAGCUUCAACAUCCCUCAAAACUCUAAGAGAAUCUUUACCAGAAAACCCCCACAUUUACGACUUCUCAGAAAUCUUUUCGGCUACCAAUAACUUCUUGUCCAACAAGUUCAGCUCCUCCUCUUCUUCCACCUCUUGGCGUUCCUCCAUUCGGGGUAAAGAGGUAAUCAUCUUUCAACGCAAGUUGAGGCGUGUUUUGGAGUUGGAACAGUUAUGUGAGAGGUUAUCUGUGAUUUGUCGUAGUCAUCAUAGUAGUUUAAUCAAGCUUCUGGGUGCUUCUGUUUCUGGGAAUUAUAUAUAUCUUGUUUAUGAAUAUGUUUCAGGAGCAAAUCUUUCAGAUUGUCUCAGGAAUAAAAAUAAUCCAGAUUUUACAGUUUUGUCUUCAUGGCUCUCGCGUAUGCAGGUCGCUACUGAUCUUGCUCAUGGUCUUGAUUAUAUUCACCAUUUUUCGGGUCUUCAGUCCAAUCUUAUUCAUAAUCAUAUUAAGAGUUCAAGUAUUAUAGUUAGUGAAGGAGAUUCUGAUUCUGAGGCUUUGUGUGCUAAGUUUUGUCAUUUUGGGACUGCUGAAUUGUGUGGUGAAGUGAUGGGGAAGAAUGAUUCUAAAGUAAGGAAAAUUGAGGGGACUAGAGGGUAUAUGUCUCCGGAGUUUCAGCUUUCUGGGGUUGCCUCUCAGAAGUCAGAUGUGUAUGCUUUUGGUGUGGUGAUGUUGGAACUAGUGUCUGGGGAUGAGGCAUUGAGGUUUGUUUUUGAUGAGGGGAGUGGUGCGUAUAAGAGGAUUAGUGUGAUUGAAACAGCGUGUGAGGCAGCUGCUGGUGGUGGUAGUGGUGUGAGGAGGUGGGUGGAUAGGAGGUUGAGGGACUCAUAUCCGGUGGAGGUGGCUGAGAAAAUGGUAUUGCUGGGUUUGCAGUGUGUGGAUGAAUAUCCGGAGAAAAGGCCUGAUAUGAGGCAUGUGGCAGGAUUGGUUUCUAAGUUGUAUUUGGAGUCCAAGACUUGGGCUGAGAAAAUUGGUUUGCCUACUGACUUUUCAGUGUCCAUAGCACCUAGAUGAGGGUAUUUUUGUUGCUGAUUCUUGGCGGCUUUACAGUUGUUUUUGUGGUGACACUGAUACAUUGUAUAGUUGAGUUAUUGCUUCAAUUUUCUUUUUUCAUUCAAAGUGAUUCUUUAAAGGUGGAACAUGUGAAUAUUGUUUCUGUUCUGAAUAAUAUACUAGCAGAAUUUUAUACUACAAUCUUUGUUAUUAUUGUGUUGGAUUGAUUGAUAUUUUUAUCCUCUUGUCUUCUCUUAUGACCAGAUUCAGUCUAUAGUUUGAUUUAUAUUUGCUGUGUUUGCAACGAGUCCAAGUCAUAUGGCGAUUAGAACCAAAACUCCUAGUGCCUCAAGUUAGCUAAAAACUAUAGUUGAACCAUCCUAUAUGUUUAGUCAUAGUUCUUUAUUUGGCAAGAGAG